AUGGAGUUGAAAAGGAUCGAAAACAAGAUCAAUAGGCAAGUCAUCUUCUUAAAGAGAAGGUCUGGUUUGAUCAUGAAAGCCCGCGAGAUCUUUGUGCUUUGUGAUGCUGAUAUGGCUCUCGUAGUCUUCUCUACUAAAGGGGUUUCGGGAUUGCAGUACCGUAUCACCAAAGAAGGCGUUGGAAAAUUCAUCUCAUUCCAAUGUACUCCAGUACGAGAUGAUGGUGUUGUUGGUGACACAAGAAUUUGCAUGGGCCAGGAGCGCAUUCGCCCUAGAAGCCCAAGAUUGCUUUCUUUACACAUAAUUGGAAAUGAUGUUGAAGGAACAAUUCUAUGA